AUGUGCCAGGCAGCGGUGGCUGCCACCGGGCCCGCCGCCAGGCGCUGCCACCGCCACCGCUGUCGAGCCUUCCUGCCCGGUGCAGACUUCCUGACCCCCAAGGCCAUCGGCAACCGCAUCAAAGCCAAGGGCUUGCAGAAGCUGCGAUGGUACUGCCAGAUGUGCGAGAAGCAGUGCCGCGACGAGAACGGGUUCAAGUGCCACCUCAGCUCGGAGGGGCACAAGCGGCAGAUGGAGAUCUUUGGGCAGAACCCUCACCGCAUCGUGGAGGGGUACAGCGAGGAGUUUGAGAAGACGUUUCUCGACCACCUGAAGCAGGCGCACCCCUUCUCCCGCAUCGCCGCCAACGUGGUCUACAACGAGUACAUCAACGACAGGUACCAUGUGCACAUGAACAGUACCAAGUGGCUGACGCUGACCGAAUUUGUGAAGCACCUGGGGCGCACGGGGCAGUGCAAGGUGGAGGAGACUGAGAAGGGCUGGUUCAUCACGCUGGUGCACCGAGACGAGAUGGAGGAGAUUGAGGGGAAGAAGCGGGCCAAGCGGGAGCGCGCGGAGCAGGUGGAGGAGGAGCGGCAGCGGCGCAUGCUGCAGGAGCAGAUUGAGCGGGCGCAGAAGAUGGCGCGCACAGACGGCGGCGGGGAGCAGCCCCCCGGCGCCACCGAGCUGCGGCGGGAGGAGCUGGAGCAGCCGCUGGGGUUCCAGCUGGCGGCGGGCCGCGGCGCGGCGGCGCCCUCUGCGGCAGCGCACGAUGGGCAGCAGCAGCGGGAGCGGGGGGCCAGGCCGGCGCUGGCGUUUGAGGAGGAGGGCGGCGGCGGGGCAUCUGCGGGCAAGGGGGCGGCGGGAGGGAGGAAGAGCAAGAUAGAGGAGCUGAUGGAAAAGGCGGCGUCGGAUGCGGCGCGCGCGGCGGCGACGGAGCAGCAGCAGCGGCUGGACUAUUGGCUGGCGCCGGGCAUAGUGGUCAAGGUGCUGGCCAAGAAGCUGGGCGACUACUACAAGAAGAAGGGGGUGGUACUGCGGGUGGUGGAGCGGUACCGGGGCGAGGUGGAGAUGAGCGACUCGGGGGACGUGCUGCAGGUGGACCAGGCGGAGCUGGAGACGGUGGUGCCGCAGCCGGGCGGCACGGUGCUGGUGGUCAGCGGGCCGCACCGCGGCGCCAGGGGCACGCUGGUGGGCAUAGACACCAAGAAGUUCAAGGCGGAGGUGAAGCUGCGGGGCGGGGCGCAGGAUGGGCGCAGCGUGUGGCUGGAGUACGAAGACUUCAGCCGCUGGCAGGGCACUUUCAAGUGA